AUGCAAACGAUGAGAAGUACUCGCCUAAUUCUUCAGUCCCCGAGUUCCAACUGCAGACCCUUGACUUGUCCAGCAGCCAGAGUCAUGUUCCUGGACAACCAUUCCCCAACUUUCUAUACCAUCAGAAGGCAUCUGCAGUUUCUUGAUCUGUCGCAUGAUUCAUUUCGAGGUGGUUUCCCUUCCUGGUUGCUGGAGAAUAACACCAAUCUGGCUCAACUCAUUCUGGCAAACAGUUCUCUUUCAGGGAUCCUCCUGCUACCCAACCAAUCUCACUUGCUGACUAACAGCCUUGGACAUCUCAAGCAAUGCCAUUGA